CCUUUUCUCGCGCUCGGUAUCGGAGCAAGUGACUGUGUGAAAAUUUUUACGCUUCUCCCCUCCCGGAGUAGGGAACCCCCCCGUGCGGCUGUGACGGCCCUGAGCCUCCCACCUUCGUCGUUGUGACGCCCCAACUCCCGAGGCCCGGCACCCUUCGGCAGCGUCUAGCUUCACAAUGUCGUCCAGAAAGAAGGUGCUACUUAAGGUCAUCAUCCUUGGGGAAAGUGGGGUAGGCAAGACUUCGCUGAUGAACCAGUAUGUGAACAAGAAAUUCAGCAAUCAGUACAAGGCCACCAUUGGUGCCGACUUCCUCACCAAAGAAGUCAUGGUCGAAGACAGGCUCGUCACCAUGCAGAUCUGGGACACGGCCGGCCAGGAGCGAUUCCAGUCGCUGGGCGUUGCCUUCUACCGGGGCGCCGACUGUUGCGUGCUGGUGUUCGACGUCACAGUGCCGGGCAGCUUCAAGGCACUCGAGUCGUGGCGCGACGAGUUUCUCAUCCAGGCCUCGCCUCGGGACCCCGAGAACUUCCCGUUUGUGGUUAUCGGCAACAAGGUCGACCUCGACAACCGGGGGGUGUCCACCAAGCGGGCCCAGGGUUGGUGCCAGUCCAAGAACGGCAUCCCAUACUUCGAGACGAGUGCCAAGGAGGCCCUGAACGUGGAGCAGGCCUUCCAGACGGUGGCCAAGAACGCCCUUGCCCAGGAGACGGACGUGGAGUUGUACAACGAGUUCCCCGACCAGAUCAAGCUGACGAACGAGCAGAAGCCGCGCAGCCAGGGCUGCUGCUAAUCCCGCCUCCUCCAACAGACAGGCAACGUGCACGACCAACCACCCAGUGCUUGCACAUACUACUCCCUCGCACUCCCAGCCGUCGUCCGCGAGCCUCAAGACGAGCAGACAACCCAGUGGCAGCAGAAGACCAGAGGGAGGGACUCUUCUUUGAUCGUCUGCUUGUUUGAGCGAGCAGACGGCGUUACGCGACCACGUGAAGUUUGUGUGUGUGCGUGUGCUGCAGCGGCUCUUGCCCAGGGGCACGCACCUAGGCACUACAUUUCUUCGCUUUUUGCUGGCCUCUUGUCUCAAAAAGCUUCGUAUCUGGACACAAGAGUGUGUGAGGCAGGGUGCAGAAAUUCUAAAGGAGUCGUUGCCUGCCCUGCCGAGGCAGGCAGAGCUUAUUGCAAGCAUGUGGGGGUUGAGAUAUCGGUGGCGUUUUGUGGGUGAUCAAUGUCGCUGCUGCACAUUUGUGCUGUCGGUUUCUUCCUGCAGCAGUUUUUAAGCGUGGCAGGGCAGAGCAGGAAAAUGCAUAGAGGUGUUUGUUGCGAUCUGCGAGAGUGUUCUUCUGGAAGCAGAUGCAAUCAGCGAGGCUUGUUAAUGUGCCGAUGACCAGCCAUCCAACGUUGGAGGCACGUCGGGUCCCGUGACAGUCCAGAUUUGAAUGCACGUUUUGUUGUAAAUUUUGGUGGAGAGUGCUUCGACAUGGAAAUACUGUGCUGAAUGAUGUCGAACCUAACUGUGACUGGCACAUACUCCGUUAACACGUUUAUCUUACCCGUUAGGGGAAAGGGGGGCUUGCAUAUCUGCACUGUGCACGCGCUCGUUGCUCUGGCACAGAUGAAGCGGGCUGAAGUUAUCAUAGGCCUAUUGUCAGCUGCAGGCAUUGGAAUAUAUAGAUGCCUGUAGCAAGUGGCCGCAGAUUUUACAAGGCUGAAGUUGUGGAUAGCUGGUGAAGAUAUUGGCUUUCUUCUGCUCUCUUCUAUGCUCUUAGUGAUCAGCAGUUUGUAUUUUCUAAUUCUUUCCUAGCCUCUUGCGACUGUUUAUUUCUGCUCUAAUGCCCUCUGCUUUAAUAUUCCCUAUGGUUUUCGAUACACUCGGGGUAGAUCUCUUAGCGCCUCUGAUAAUACCUUAAUAGCUUGACUAGGCAGUGGCCAUCGGCAACAUUAACUACUGUAGCAUUCCUUACCCACCAAUUUAUUGGUGUCCUGGGGGGUCCUCAAUUGAUCUGGCUUGUGAGAUGCCACGCUUUCAUAUUUUUUGGCAACUGCAUUGAAAUUAGGCAAUGCACUUCUGUGCCUCUUGGCCCACUAUCGGACCUUUCUACGGCUGACAGUCCGAAGUUUGCAAGGCGCGCCGAGUGAUUAAAAAAAGUACAUAUGCAGGUUGUUUACUUCAGACUCCGUUGGUACAUUAUUACGCAUGAACAUUCAUUCCCAGUUUAUUUCUGCUUUCCUUGGCAAUUUUGUACAUAAAGGCAAAUCUCUAGCUCUGGAUAGCAGACGUGGAACACAUGGUAGGCAGUUGUUCUCGUCUCUCUAGAGUCCAAGCUUUGAUUUGGCAGUGGCGUCGCAUGUUUCAGUGAGGCAUUGUGCGAACACUGUUUGCACAAGGUUUCCCAGAUGUUUGCAGUUAAGCCUUUACCUCUGUUGUGUGUUACAGCGUACCACAUGGCUAGCGCAGCAUGCGACUUCGUCUGAGGGCUGCAGCAAAUUGCUUUUUUUUUUCCUCGAGUUGCAUAGCGCCUGGUUGGGAACAGCUUUAUAUGGGGAGUAUAUGUGCAGAGUGUGCUUUCUUUUAGACCGAGUGAGAGCUGCACUAUUUUUUUAGGGAGAUGACGGAUGUUUGUGCUGGUGGUACUAAUUUUAAGCCCCCGAUUUAUACUGUUGAUGCCUUUCCCCCCCCCCCCCCCCCUUUUUUUUUGUUGAGUUUAUUUCAACUCGUGUUACAACACUCUGCCACAAGCGACUUUUGUCCUUUUUUUUAUGUUCCAGCCGCCAGCCCCCUCGUCAUGGCAUGUUACAAAAGUGUUUCUUUGCUGUUUGAGAGAGAAUGUGUAGACCUUUUUUAUGAAUAAAUCUGCAGUAUGUACACUGUACUCAGUUA